CAACAGGCUGUGGGCGGAAAGGAGGAGCCAGAGAAAGUGGCGUCUAGGCAGAGAGGCCCCGGACCCGCAGAGGCCCCCUGCCCUGCUGGCUCCGCCUCUGCCACCCCCACCCACACCCCCACUAGGUGUAGAAAUACUGCUGCAGUCCCGGCCACCGCCCACUGCACUGCGACCCUGUAGGGACUUCGUCUCCCAGUCUCAGCAGCUGACCCGCCUGUCCGUGCUUUGCGCCGAUGGCUAAAGGUCCCUUUCAGCGCAAGCCCUGGGGUCCAGAGCAGAUGUAUUUCGACUCUGACCCUGAGUCCGAGGGCCUGUUCGAUAAGCCGCCCCCGGAGGAGAGCUACACUGCCCGCGCACCCAAGUCGGCGUCCUGGGCUAGCAGGAAAUCUGGUCGGCGCGCGGGCGGGAGGGCUCCUGGGACCCGCGCUGGGCAGCCCCGGAAGACCGCCGUGCGCCCCGAGCCCGAGGAAGAGGAGCCUCUUGUGGAGGAGGGCUGCUACCUCGACCACUUCCCGCACCUCUCCAUCUUCAUCUACGCGGCCAUUGCCUUCUCCAUCACUUCCUGCAUUUUCACCUAUAUCCAUUUGCAGCUUGCCUAAGCGGCCUGGGUCCGACGGGGUGGCCGCAGA